AUGUUGAGAAUGAGCAGCGAUGAGGAGUUCGAUCCGAUUGCCCAUCGAAAAUUGCUCGAGGCGAUUUCAGACCCCGGUUCCCUCAAAAAGGUGAAACUGGAGAAGCUCAAAAAGUCCAAAAAAGUUGUUCAGAAAAAGAUAAAAAAAGCGAAACCUCAGAAAGUCGACGCGACGUCGCUUCUGUCCCAUUUGAAUGUGAAAAGGUUUGAAAUUUGAAGGUUUUUGGUUUUAAAAAAGAAGUUUCAGUCUUCAGGAUUUUUUUCAGUGUUCAAAUAAAUUGUUUUAUGAAACAUAAAAAUUAUUUUAACAUAUUCCGGUUACAGUAAACUGAAAAAAAGUUGAAAAUUAUUAUUUUGAGUAAACAGGCAUUUGUCGAGCGCAAAUUCUGUAAAAGUGUUCAUUUCAAAAGCCAGGAUAUGUCAUUUUUUUGAAAUGCGGUCGUGAAAAAUUCUCAGAAUUGAGAGAAAAUCGAAAAAAAGCUUUUUAUUUAAUAAUUAAAUCGAUGUCAUUUGAAUGUGAAAAAGGUUUGAAAACGGAAGAAACUGUGGUUUUUAAGAAUGUAAUAUCAGUGUUUAGAAUUUUUUUCUCAAUGUUUUUAAAAAAAUGAAUUUCAUGAAAAAAAUAAACGUUUAUUUGAACGGAUUUCGGUCACAGAAAAAAAUUAUAAGUUCCUUGAAUAUUUUUUUGCUCAAUCCACUAUAUAUCCACUAUUUAUGCCGUUUUUCAAAGUAAUUCCGCAAAAUACAAAAUAGCAGUUAGAGAAAGAAAAAUACAACUGAAUUUUGGAGAGUCAGAGGUAAUUUUGCAUUUCCCGGAAGCUUCUUCGAACACGGCUUCUGUCACAUUUCAAUUAGAAAAAGUUGCAAAAUUAACGAAAGUGUCUUUUUAAAAAAAUCCGAUAUCAGUAUUUAGGAUUUUUUUCUCAAUGUUUUAAAAAAAUAAAUUUCAUGAAAAAAAUAAACGUUAUUUAAACAUAUUUCGGUUAAAGAAAAACUUUAAAAAAAGGUUUUUUUAAAGCUCAAUUUCAUAAAAAAAUAUUUUUUUAUAAUCAGAAUAGGUCAUUUUUGAAGUGCAGUUGGAAAAUUCUUCAAAACUGCAGAGAAAAAUCGAAAAAAAGGCUUUUAUUUAUGACGAGAAGCGUAACAUGCGCAACUUUUUACCUGACAUUUUUCAAAAAAAGUCUAUUUUUCUCCUUCAUAAUUUUUUUCCAUUAAGACGAUCAACCCACGUGGCGAAGAAAAGCCUCGGAGUGACGUCAUUGGAGGAUGGCGAGAGUGAGGAGGAGCCAGACGACGAGACGAAAAAGAAGAAACGAAAAACAGAAGGGGAAACGGAAGGCCAGACGAAAAAGAAGAAGAAGUUGAAGCCGAAAAGCAAAACCCUGGUCCCGGUCCGGGAUUUGGAGGCCAACAAGAAAAUCGAGGCCGCCAUCGGCUUCGGCGAUUUGAAGUUCGUUAACAAAAAAAUACAGGAAAAAUGGUCCAUUUCGAACAGGAAAAAUUUUUAAGUAAAAAAAAAAAUGAAAUUGAUUGGAUUUUUAGACAGUUAUCCCCAAGUUUGCUUUGCCUAGAAAAUAGAAGAAAUGUGAAAAUGUAAAAAAAUUUUUUUCGAAACGCAAAAAAAUAGAUAGUUAAGCUUCAAAUACCCUUCUGUUCUUUAUUUUUUCCAGAAGAAGAUUUUUGAAAUAUUUUUUUCCAAAUAUAGUGAAGCUAGUUUUUUUAAUUUUAUUGAGAAGUGACAAAAUUGUACCGUUUUUUUAUUAUUUUUUUCAGGGACUUUUUAAAAAUUUUUCUCUAGAGGUUGAAGAAAUAAGCAAAAUGAGCUAGAAGUUUUUCUUAAAAGCGUUACUAAUAUUAUUCUCUCUAGAUUUUUUUAUUUUUUUGACCAAGUCCAGAACUUUUCAAAAAGUCAGGUUAAACGAUUUUGAAUUUCAUUGAAAAAUCCAGUUGGUCUCGUUUUUAGUUUCUAUUGUACUUUCCUUUUUUCUUUAGCAGGCGGUAAAAUUUUCAAAAUAGUUUCCUGGAAUUUUUUUUUCAAGCGCAUUUUAUUCCUUUAUUCCUGCAGUUUAUCCUUAAAUUUUUUUUUCCAGAGAAAGUUUUAAAACUCUUCUUUCCUGAAAAAAAGGUCUUAUAGUUCUGUGAAAAUUUUUCUAUCUAUUAUUUUUUAUUGACUUUUCGUUAUUUUCCAGAGGAGAAAUGGGAAAAAAAAAACCUGGAAUUUUCGCUCCAAAACAUGACUUUUUUUCCUUCUUCGUAUAUUUUUCAUUUUCCAGAGGAGAAAUGGGCAGAACGUGGAACACUUUGGUCGAGAGUAACCGGGUCGCCGAUCAGUUGAUUUUCCCCCUGACUCAGCCUCGCGGAUUCCUCAUCGGGGUAGAUUUUCGUUAGAAACAGCGACUUCAAACAUUUUCCCGGUUUCCAGGACCAAAAACCCGACGAAAUAUUCAGCAAAGAAGAGUUGGAAGUUCGGCGAGCGAUGGACCUGAAAGUGGUCGGUUUUUCGAGAAAAAAUCAUUUUUAACCCUUUAAAAGUGUUUUUUUUGGUUGCCAGGGUAUCGAAAUUUGUUAAUUUUCGAUUUUUGUGUUAUUUUUUCUGUUAUUCGAGUUUAUUUUAUUGAAUAAUGAUGUGGAUUCCAUCCAAAUUUUUGUUAAAAAAAUCUCAAGUUUAAGCCAGGAGAUUAUAAGGCUCUUGUGAAGAAAAAUCUCUGUUCCAAUAUUUUUUUAAAAAAACCUAGGAAAAUUCAAAAUUUUUAAAGGAAAAUGGCUUUUUUUGUGAAAAAUAAUCAUCGAAAAGACUUUUUUUGCAGGCCAAGGACAAAUUGCAACAAAUCCGACGAAUGCGGGAACUCGUCAGCCAACAGGAAGCCAAGCACAGAUAUCAGAAAAAGAUCAAAUCCAAGAGGUUUAUUGGGAUCCAAAGUGGUCAUUUUAGGGGUUUCAUUCUGAAUUUUUUGCUAUAUCGACUUUUUUUUGGACUUUUAGUAUUGAGAAAUAGUAAAAUGAGUUAGCUGAAAUUUAUCGUUUGCUGUGUGUUCAAAAUUUUCUCUGACUACAUAAUUCAGUUAUCUUUUUCACUUUCUGACGCCUAUUUUGAAUUUAUUGGAAUCGCUUUGAACACGCAAUUUUUCAUGUGUUUUCUCUCCGGCAUAGUCAAAAGGGUGAAUAAUGGCCGCUAGAAAGAAGAGGCUUAAAAAAGGGUGCAAAAAGGCAGAAAAAAGGCCAAAAAAAAGCCGCAGAAAAGCCGCAGGAAGGCCGCAAAAAGGCAGCAAAAGAAGUCCCUUUAUCGAGCCUUCCAUUUUUUCUAGAUUUUUAAAGGCUUGAGAAAUGGUGGAGAAAGAGAGAGGCUCAAAAAGGCUGCAGAAAGGUUGCAGAAAGGCCGCAAAAAAGCCGCAAAGAAGCCGCAGAAAGGCAGCAAAAAAACCGCAAAAAAAGCUGAAAAAAAGGAGCCUUUUCCACCCAUUCCGAUUUUUCCUAUGUUAUUAAGAGAAUCUUCCGGUUUCGGAAAAACUAAAAUCCGUAUUUAAUAUAUUUUUUUCAGUUAUCAUCGAAUCCUCCGCCGAGAAAAAAACGGAAACAACUGCUGAAAGAAUUCGAAGAGCUGAUGGCCAGGGAUCCGGCCGCCGCCCAGGAAAAAUUGGCUGAAAUCGAGAAUCAAAGAAUUAUUGUUCGUUUUUGGAUGGUUCGGGGAGUCUCCGAAACAGGAAUGAUAGCUAAAAUGGGGUUAUAAUUUAUUCAGACAGCUUCCAAAGCAAAUUAUGUAGAUGGAAUGGGAGAAAAAUUUGUGAGAUCGAAAAAAAAAUUUUCUAGAAAGAUAACAUCUUUUUUAAAGACUCAAAACGUUUUGAAAUCAUCAAAUUGGGAGAAAAAAAAUUAUGAGAUUCACAGGCCUGUGCGUCAGACCGGGCGACCCAAGCUUUGGGCCUACAAUUAUCAAAAAAGGCUCAGGCCGAGCUUAGAAAAAAUUCUUAAGUUUUAUUUUGAAAAAAGUUUAACAGAAAAAUUAUUUUACUUGUUGUGUCAUAUUUUCUAAUAACUUUAUGAGGAAGAAGAAGCAAAAAAAACCACUUUUCUCGUUAAAAAAAGCGAAAAAUUCGACUUGAAGAGAAUUUGAGUUUUUUUUUGGACCGGGCCGGCCAUUUUUGUUAAAGGCCUCCCUCGCACAAGCCUGGUGAUUUAUUAAAAUGGAGUUGAAAUAUUGGUAGAUCGUGUUUUCAAGAUUUAGACGUUUCCGAAAAAAAUAAGGAUUAAUACAAAAGUUAGAAAACCUCAGGAACGCGGAGAACUGAAACAUCGAGCCAAAAAUCGCUUCCAAAAGGAGAUGGCGAAUUUCGCGAGCCGAAAUCCGGAAGUCAAGAAAAUGAUCGAAGAUCAUAUUCGGUAAUGGAAAAAUGGAAAAUCAAGAUUAUAAUAUUUUUCUUUCAGGUUAGGACGAGAAUUGAAGGCCAAGGUGCAGGAGGAUUCGGAUUCGGAGAGCGAAGAGAGUUCAGACGAAAAAUCCAAGUCAAAGUCGGUUAACGACAUCCUUCAGGUGGUUUCGUUGUAUAUUUGGGCACUCAAUAAAAUUCAAGAGUUUUCAAUUUUUUUUUCUAAAAAUUGUUGGAGAUCAGAAUUCGAUAAAAAGUCGAUUUAAAACUGGAAAAUUUGAGAAAAAAGCUCCAAUUUUAUUGCUCGAAAACUGGAAAAAAAAGUUUUUUUGCGAGAAAUAUAAUCCCCGGAUGAUAUUCUGAAAUUCUUACGGAGUUGAGAAAUUAAUAGAUUCUCGCUUUAAAACUUAGACAUUAGGAAAAAAAGAUUUAUUUCUUUUUUUGAGAAAAUGUCGAAAAAAAUAAAAUCAAAAACUUUUUUUGACUUUUAAAAAAAGUUUUUUUCAUGUGUAUUUGCAUCUUUAGGAAGAGAGAUAACUUGAAUUUCUGAGCUUCUAAACAACUUUGAAUGCAAAAAUUGAUUAUUUAAUUUUAACUGCGUAGUAAUUUUGAAAAAGAUACGGAUGUUAAGUAGGUUACAGAGUUUUUUUUUUUUUUAGGCAAUGAGAAACUUCGAAUUUUUAAAGCCAAUCUACCACUUGGAAAUUUGCAAAAAAUGAAAAGAUUGAGAAAAAACGGAAAAAAAAGCAAAAAAAGAUGUUGAAGAAAUGCUUGAAGAAGGCUGAAAAAUUGCCGAAAAAAUGCUUAAAAAAUGCUGAAAAUUAGCAGGGAAGAUGCUGAAAAUAUGCUUCAAAAUGAUUAUAGCUAAAGUAGAAUGCAGUCGUUUUUUUUUUACGAAUCUUCAGAUUUCCAAAAAUUUGAAUUUAUCUAAAAAGUUUGCAGGAAGCCGCGAUGGAAGCUGAAGACGAAACUGGACCAAAAUCCGAAAUCGGAAAGAAACUUCUGGACGCGUUUCUUUCGGAUCCAAGCAAUGAGAAGGCGAAGAUUUCGUUGGCCGAGUUGAGGGCCCAAAAGAGAAGACAGGCCCAGGAGAGGAGUUUCACAGCAAAAGUUGGAAAAUGAACAUUUUUCCCUGAGAUUUUCGGGUUUCCAGAAUGUCAGCGAACCCCUCUUCGAAGUGGAUCAAGACUGGGAGGUCGAAAAAAACGAGGAGGACCUGAAGAGCACGAAAAAAGGAAAGAAGAAUAAGAAGAAGGCGAAAAAAGAGCCUGAAGGUGAAUAAAUUUAAUUUCAAACUUAAACCAAUCAAAGUUUUCUACUUCUUGUACAAAUUUACUAAAUUGACGGAAUCAGAAACGUUUAAAAAGACAUAAAUCUUGAAAAUGAAAGAAUUUUUCGGAACAAAGAAAAAAAUCAAAUUUUAGCGGUUAAAAUUGAAGGUUUUUCGGAUGUUUGCCGCAUUUUCUUUUUUUAAUUUGAGCCGAAGAAAAAAAUUUUUUUGAGUGUGUAAAAAAUUUUUUUUAUUAAGAUAUGAUAUAUUGAAUAAUUAUAAAUCUAAUGUAAGUUAAAUAAUGAUUAAAAAAAUCAAAAUAAAAUGAAAGCAACCGCGAUUCGAAACUUUUUACGUCAAAACUUCGACAUCAUUGUAGAUAUUUUUAAAAAAAUUUCGAGAAUUGAGCUUUUUUUCCUAUCAAUCUCUAUUUUUUUACGAAGUGGAGUUUACAACAGAGUUUUGAUAGAUUUGAAACUAAAAUUUUAAAUAUCUCCUGUUUUUUUCUAAAGCUUUUUUUCUUAUUGAACUUUUUUUCACAAACUUUUUUUCAAGUUUGGGGGAUUUUACACGUAAUAAGCUUAAUGGUGUUUUCAAAUUAUUCUACGAGAUUCAAAAAAAUGCCGUCAGAGUAAGGAAAAGACAACUAAACUUUGGAGAGUCCGAGAUUCGCAUUUUAAUUUAAAAGCGGCACAAAGAAGCUUUAGAAUACUGCAGUUUUCUCUUUUUUUUCUCAGUUACAUUUUAUAAUUUUUACAUGACUUUAUAAUAAAUAGGGCAUUUUCGGUCAUUUUGGUGGUUUUUUGAAACGAAGAAAAUACCAUUAGUUAAUUCUCCUUUUUUCUGGGAUCUGUUUUAUAAUUUCUACAUGAUGUAAUCUCCUAUAAAAGUGACAUUUUUAGUCGCCCCAACAAGUGAAGAGGAUUUGAAAGCCGCCGAACGGGAGGCGAAAAUAAAAGCCGCUCUGAAAAAAGCGGGAGUCGAAGACGAAGACGAGAAAAGGGAGAAAAUGAUUGAUCCCUCCAAGUUUCUUGAGGUUUUUCGAAAGAAAUGGGAUUUUAUACCGAAUAAAAUGUUCAGUUGACGACCAGCGACGUCGCCAAGGUUUCCUCGGACUUUGUCGAGAAAAUGGACGAGUUUGAUGAAGGUUUGAAGAAGGUGUAGGAAAAGGUCAUGUGGGAACAUUUUAGAAACGGCAAACGUGAUUAGCGAAGCGUUCAAGGAUGAUGACGUCAUCGGCGAUUUUGAGAUAGUCAAGGAUGAGGUUUUCAUUUUAUUAUACAGGGUUGGAAAUUGAAGGAAAAUUAAUUUCUAUCAUUUUUUUUUUGAACUUAAUUUUUCCAGUUUUUUUUCUUCUCUAUGGGUUUUGAGUCAAGUUAUCAGAAGUUUAAUUUCUGGGCUGUAGGAGGAAUUUUUAUAGUAGUUUAUAGUUACAGUAUCUACAGUAUUAAAUAAUUAGGGUCUCGACUGAAAAGUAAAUUUGAAGUUGCCGCCUUUUAUCAUUUUUUGAUUUAUUUGAUAUUUUUGUCUUAAUUUUUCGAUGAUUUUGGUUUUUUUUUGGAAUGAAGGAAAGAGUAUAUAAAUCCACCAUUCAAGUUAUACCAAGAUCGCGUUUGAAUUUAUUUUUCCCGCCAAAAGCCGCGUCGCGACCGCAACGAGUUGAUACGGUAGAUUUCGCCGUAAAUUCAAUGCACAUUUUUUUUUUGCCCAUUUACCGUAAGUCAAUGCGGUCGCGACGCGGUUUUUCAGCGGUAAAUGAAAAUUCUGGAUCGUUUUUUGUGAUUUUCGGCGUUUCCAAAGCAUCAUACCACGAUUAAAAAGCAAAAAAUGAAGCUCUGUAAUCAACUGAUAUUGGUAAAAGUCAGACAUUUGAGCUCUCCUAGGUCCAACAAAAAGAAAAGCCGAAAGACGUGGACCUGACCCUGCUCGGCUGGGGUAGCUGGGUCGGCCCCGGCACGACGGAGAACAAACGACGGAAGAAGUUCGUGAUCAAGGCGCGCAAGAAGAAGAGAAAGGACGGCAAGAUGCGCGGCGUCAUCAUCCGGGAGAACAGGGCCGAUAUGGUGGGUUUCCGAACGGAGAAUUUCAAGAAAACGCGGGCUUUUUGACAUAAGACAAGGUUUUUGACACAGGAUCUAUGGCCUGCUCAAGUAUAGUUUUUGAUGGCUUUUAGGGAAAAGUUGGAAGAAAAAUUGGUCCCCACUUGGCGUGUUUUUCAAGUAGCUCUUUGUAGUGUCAUUCACCGCACCUUUAUGCCGUGUUCAAAGUGAUUCCGCGAAAUUCAAAAUAGCUGUCAGAGAAAGAGAAAGAUAACUAAAUUUUGGAGGGUCAGAGACCAUUUUGCAUUUCGCGGAAAUUACUUUGAACACGGCAUUAGGAUUUUUCCUUACUAGGGAACUACUCGGACUCGGAUUCGCGUUUCGAGUUGAAACUUUAGUGAUUCAUAAACCCGGGUAAGAGUACUUGGAAACAACAGAGAUUAUCUGCUAAACCCCUUAGGCUUCUGAGAAAAAGCUUUUUGAAAAUGAACAGUUUAAACUUGAAAGCUAUCAAAUUUUUGCUUUCCUCCUUCUUUUGCCUGGAAAAAAUUUUUUUAGUUUAUCAUAGCCGGAUCAUCCAAAGCGAUUGUAUUAAAAUAUGAAAUAAGGUAAAAAGCAGUAUUCUGAAAAUUUUCAGGCCUAAUUUUUCACAUUUCCUACUAAUUUUUUCUCAGUUCUCUAUCGGGUUUAGCAGAUAUUCUCUCUCGUUUUCAAGUAUUCUGACUUGGGUCUAUAAACCACUAAAGUUUGAACUCGAUCCGUGUACCCGAGUCCGAGUAGUUCCCUAGUUAGCUUUAAAAUCUUGUAAAUUCUCCUCUGUGUAUUUUUUGCAAUAUCCAUUUUCAUUUUUCGAUUGGCCCCUUCUUUUCAAACGCAUUGGAGCGGUAGAGUGACCUGACUCCUCUUGUUUGAUCAGCUUUUCGGUCGUAACUGUUGGCGAUUUGAACGGAUGUCCCUCUGUAUCAGUACAUUAUGAUUAAUUUUUAAAUGUUCUUUUUCAGCGUUUAGAUUAUUUGUCCUCAAGAAAAAAAGUUGAAAAUUUUGGGUUCUCUCUUCAUUGUUUGUUCAAAACUUUUGCCGAGGAUUUAUUGAUUUUUCGAUAAUUUCAAGAUCUAAAAAGGGGGGUUCAUUGUAGUACAGGUUCCUCUGAAAAUCUCUCAAUUGGUCUCUGAAAGUCUAGAAGGUGAAGAACUUUUCAUUUUCGAUCUGUAUUGUUCAAGAACUGAAAAAGUCUUGAAUCAGUGUGUUGCAACUUUAACUAAACUUCAACAACUCAAAAAUUAAACAGUAGCGCAAUUAGCGAACAUGAAAAAUUGCGAUAACUUCUAAUUUUGGAGCUUUUAAAGUUUGUUGGAGUUGCAACACAUUGAUUCAAGGCCUAUUCAGUUUUUAAACUAAAAUCGAACACUUUGAUAUUUUCUAAAUCCAGAACUAAAAGUUUGCGCAGAUCUAGUUCUAGUCCUUCAAAGAAAUUUGAGAACGAAUUUCAGAAUUUCCCGAUCUUUUCACUAAAAUGACUUCUCUCAAAAACUGAUAAAUUCGAACAAUACAUCGAUUUGGGAUCUUAUCCUAGACCUUCAAAGAAUAUUUGAGCAUUUUUCAGAAUAUUCAACAUUUCUCACUCAAGUGACCACUCUGAAAAAGGAGAUAAAGUCGUAAUUUACAGGGAAUCGGGAAGGUACAGCCGCGGUCGCUCCCGUUCCCCUACACGAGGGUCGAGGACUACCAGACGGUCCUGAACCAGCCCCUGGGCAUCGAUUGGAAUCCGGCCAAUGUCCGAUGAUCUCUGCAAACGACCCGUCGUCGUCGAGGUUCUCCUUAUUUUAUUUUUUUAUCGAAAAUAGAAAAAAAUGGUAAUUUUUUUCAACAUUUUUCAGGCUAUUUUACAAAAAGUGAUAUUGUUUCUAGGCUAUAGAGACUCGAAUUUUUCAGGAAAUAUAGUCUCGAAUUUUUGGAAAAUGAGGCAUUUUAAUUUAAAAUUGUUGUGGGCAGCCAAUUCAUACGCCUCGUUUGAAGUUUAAAAUUUUGUAGAAAACUUCAAAAACUGACCUAAAUACUCCCAAUGAGUUUUUAUUUUACUUUAAUAUAUAGGAAAAAAAGAAAAAAACUCGCGGGGAACCUAUAUUUAAAGUUUGAAUCAAAUAAAAAGUAAGAAGGAAUGGAAAAAUUAAAGAAAGUAUUGAAAAAUAAGAGCGAAAUCUUCCCCUUAGAAUAUUAUUUUUCGUUUCAUAAUUUUUUUGAAAAAAAGUGGAAAAAAAGUACUGAGAACUACAAAAUUUAACCUAAAUCUUUAAUUAUUUCUUCAAUAUUUUUUUUGCUUCAAAGGUAUUGAAAAAAAGAAAGAAAAGUUGCGGAAACCUUCUUUUUUCAGAAGUCAAAUAUAAGAAAAAAAAGAGAAAGCACUUUAUAUUGGCCAAAAAAAUGCAUGUUUAUGCUGACGCGACACAAGCGCCGUGUAGUUAUUUUCGAUAUGCUCUCUCUUUUUCUUUUUCUUUUUUUCCUCUCGAUUGUUUAGAAUUUUUUUAAUGCCGUUUUCAUAAGAAUUUUGAAAUUGAAGCGUUAUUCGUUUGAAAAGAUUUCGCGAAACGCAAAAUUGGAAUUUUGGGAAGUUUUUAGAAAAAUUGGAUGACAACGAGAUUUUUUUUACCGCGAAACUCGAAAUUUUGAAAUAUUUCAACAUUUUUUAAAGCUAAAUUUUGAAAUGGCGCUUAAAAAUCAUCAUAGGAUCCUUUUUAAGACCCAACUUUCACAAAAAAAAUUUUUUUUCGAUUUUUUGGCUCUCGAACGUUUUUGAACACAACAUAAAUCUUCUUCUGAGCUUUUUUUUUAAUUUUAAAAUUAUUUUUUUUUGCAGGCUGGCCGUGCGAUCUUGCCGAUCAACAAGAAAGAUUUGCUUGGCAACUUUUGA